GCGCUCGGCUCAGUCGCUCAUUCCUCCUCCGACAGUGUGCAAGUGUGUGAAUUUUGAAGUUUACCAGAAAAAAAAAUAAGACAAUGUCCGCGUCCCCUAUUGCUAGGCAAGCGACGCACAGCCAGUCGAUCCCGACGAGGCGGGUGCUAAUCUCGGACCCGGCGCAGAUGCCUGAUGUUUAUUCCAGCACGCCUGGAGGCACCAUAUAUUCCACUACCCCUGGAGGCACCAGGAUAGUCUACGAAAGGUCUUUCAUGUUGUCUCUGCGGCAGUCUCCCAUCUCUCAGACGCCGCCGAAAUGCUCGCUACCGGCCGCCAUGUUGAAAAACCCCGGCGCGGGCAAUGUAUCAGUGUUGCCGACAACAAAAGAUACCCGCUCGAAUUCCAUCUCGUUCGACGAGUCGCAGGAAACGUUUAGCAUGGAUCUCUAGAAGCUUAUAUUAAGUUUCUAAACCUUUAAAUGUUAUGACUUUUACACUCGAUGUAAUUUUAUUUGAGGCGAAAACAAAGGAUGAGAAGUAUUUUUAUUAGAUUUUUGAUAAUGUCGAAAUUCCUAUAAGGUUGUGUCGUGUGGAAGAGGCAUAAGAUACCUCAUAUUCUAAGCAAGCUAAAUAACAAUAACUCAAUUGUCAGGUAGGUACAGUUGAGGUAAUUGUUUUCGCGCACAAAUGGAUAACAUGAACAUGUAACUUCAAUUACAUAAAUAUUCAGUGAGUCUACUGUUUUGCUAAGAAUAUGGAGUCAUAGUUAAGUAUAUAAUUAUUUGCAGUUUAUGCGUUUGCAGCGGGCUCUCAUUAUUGUCUUUGGCGAUUAUUGCAGAGGUUGUACAAAGCAUUUGUGAUUUCUGCAAAUAUUGCGUGCUGACAAUUUUUAAAGGUUUUAAUAUCAAUACAUUAGUUUUAAGAUUUUAAACAUAGUUUUUUAAGCGUGACUGAACCGUUGGUAGUGCGUUCAAAACGCAAUCCAUUGCCCUUUUGAUUACAUUUUUUUAAAUGGCAAAGGAGUUUUGUAAAUAGUAUCAGAUGGCGUAAGACGCAUAAUUAGUUUAAUCGAUUAGUUUAUAUUUAGUAAAACAGCAAGUGCCAUUGAAUAGAAGUUAAUUAGUUUAUAAUUUACUUCUGAAGUGGUGUUGCGAACAUUUAGACUGCGUUCUCAAUAUACUUAUAAUGCGAUGUGUAUUUAUAAAUUCAACAAUGAUUUAUUAAAAAAUCUGUGUCUUGUGACAUUACUACUCGUGUUUUAGUAAAUUGAUAGGUAUUAUUUGUCGCUGAUUUUGAUCCUUCAUCAGAGGCCCUACCGCGAAAAACGAAAAUCGAAAUUUCGUUAUCUGCCUCUUUAUCACUUGUAUGUUUGAGCGAUAGAUGGACAGAGAAGAAAAUUUCGAUUUUCUUUUUUCGCGUUAGGGCCUAAAAGGUUAUCAAAAGACGCGACCGACCCCAAACUAUUGCUCCCAGUUCACUAGUUAUGAUGAGACGACAGCAAAGUAUUGUUGAUUUUGCUAUCACUCAUGAGCAAUGAAAAGGGUUACUGUAUUUGGAGAUGUAGAUGCCACACAAAGUGACCUUUUAAUUUGCUCGCGUGAGUUUAGAUUAGUUAAGGUGUGAAAUAUGACAAAUUUUGUUAAUUGUUGUUCCAAAGCAUUUAAUAACACAUAUUGUAAAUAUAUAAUAUUCUGUUAACGAAUUGGGCUGAAAUUUAUUACUCAGAUUCUACUGAGAUAAUUUGAUAUUACAAUUUUCAUUGACUGCCAAUUUUUUUUUAAUAAAGUUGAUAUUAUGAG